AGUUGAAGAAUAUUCAUUUGAAACAACUACCAUUUAAACAUUUGAUUGUGCACAAAAAAGUUCAAAAUAUUGAUACUUGUUAAUAAACAAUGUCAUGCAAUACAUGUCAAUCGAAAUUUACGUUCUUCACUCGCGAGAACGGAUGUCCAAGUUGUGGCUUUUCUUACUGCAGCAAGUGCCUGAAGUAUAAGUGCAACUUGUCGAAUGGCAGUGCAAAAAAAGUUUGUGGACGUUGUUACAAUAAAUUGAAGAUGUCGACAAAGGAUUCUCCAGCUGAUUCUUCAGGAUUAUCAUCACCGGACACGAAUGACCAGUCUAUGGCACCCGUUGAUAUCGUGAACAAGCUCGACUCACUGGAAAAUCCUGCUAAACCACCUAUAGUUAUUUAUAAAUCGGGUGGCCACUGGGACCAGUUUAAAGCUGGCUUGGAACCUGUCGAUCAAGAGCUCGUAGACCGUUUAAAGAAAUUGAAAGAUGGAGAUACACAAGUCCCACCACCGACUACAGAGGAGAUCAGACGAAGAUUGGCAAUUCUAAAAGACCAGGAUCCUCAUUCCAGUCAGCAGUCCAUAAAUAUUUAUCAAACGGACACAAGAACCGAUCAACAAAAAGAAGACGAUCUUAUAAGACAGUAUCUCGAGAGCUUAGAACUGUCAGCAAAAAAUGAUCCUGCCAAAGAAGUUGAGCAAAGAUUGAAUACUCUUAAAGGUUUUGAUCCCACAAAGCAGUAUUCAUCUUUACCCACUGGUAUGGAUGACGAAGUCGAUGAGGAAACUGUUACCAAAAAUAUUGUAAAAAAAGCUAUGGCUGAAGCGGCACUUGAAGCAAAAUAUGGCAGUGAAGAACUCGAAGAACUUGAGGAAAUGGAAGUAGAGCACGGAGGGACAGCCAGUUCGGACGAUGAAGUAUCGUGCUGCAUGUGCGAACAAACAAAAGGCUUAGUGAGUUGCAUCGGUUGUACGGGCGAUCUUUACUGUGAAGUUUGUUUCGAAGACAAUCAUGACGAUUUUGAGAUGGGUAAACACAAAACAGUACCUUACAAUCGAAAGAGCAAUGCAACGCCAGAUUGAAAAUCCCAUGUACGUCAAUUAAUAUAUUUUAUCUUCAAUAUUAAUGCAUCGCCGAACAAGCCGCAAGAUUAAUUUUACUUGGAAUGCAUAUUUUCGAAAAAUGGUAAUUGUGGAUCGCACUUUGAUCGUAUUUCAAGUUACGAUUUAGAAUCGGAAUUCCAGCUUAACGAAACUCUGAAUCGCCUAUUACCCGCAUAUAUUUUUACUCGUUGUUCGUAUUUUUUAUGACAAUUCCGUCCAGUGUUUUCGCGGCGACUACAACAGAAAAUUAUUUUAUGAAUCAUCGGCCUUGUAUUUGUGUAUGCCGAGAUGACAGGACAUAAUAUCAUCGAGCUCUGGAUUUCCCCAGAGACGCAACGUCGACGUCGCGACGCAAAAACAUCUACACCCUUGUUUCCACCGGCACCGAUGUAACAGCGAUAGCAGUAUGUGUGUACGUAGAUACACAGAUGCGAACCCACAUACACACACACCUUUUUAUUUACCUCUCCAACGCACGUAUUUAUAGAACUAUCGUUGUGCGGAAUCGUGCCAACUCUUGGUUACCUCUUAAAUUUUUGAGCCACUUGUAUUUUACGGUUGAGAUAGAAUUCUACGAAUGUAAAUUCGAUUUGUAAGAGGUGUCGUAAUGAUUACCGUUAUUAUUGUCAACUGUAAAACGCAGCAAUGAGCAAAACAAUAGUGAUUGUCGUGAUUUGUACGAAAGUGAGAUUUCUUGUUUUGUUAAAAUUCUGCUAUUAAAAUGAUUUGAAUUUUUGGCACUUCAGCGUUACUGUGACCAAUUCGGUUUCUACCAUGCUAACUGUGAACGAAUAAUUCGAUUCACUUCGCCCAGAGUAAUAUGAAGUGAAAAAGAAGAAAACUUCGAAUUAUGCAAUUUCCUAAAUUGCGUUGCGAGGCAAUAUUUUUUUUUGUUUUUCACACAUCAAAGAGUUGAGGGGGAUAAAGUUAGUACGAUUUUGGCAAAGGCCAAUAGCAAGAUCUUACUAUUGCAAAGAGGUUUGAUGUUAUACGGAUGGGUUCAGUGCCAAUGGCCGAAUUUUCCGCUCAGGCAUUACGGAAUGCUGCUACGUUCUUGAGAUCGUGAGACGAGAUUGCACAGUUUUUUUAUUUGCUUGAAAUAUAAGGAGAAAGCAAAAAAAACGUAGCGAGUCUUUUGGGUCGGUGCUGGCAAGUGAGCCAAAGUCUAGACAGCUGCUCUCGUUGCCAAGCGAAACGUGUACAAGAGCACCGAAUGCGGCGAAGUAGACUAAUGGAAAAGCAGGAAAAUGUCGUUUGGUUGAGCGAUAAAAAAGGUGUUACAAAAAAUUCUAAUCGACACAAUAAAUGUUUAUUUUUGUCAUUGAUAACGAUGCUGCUAUUGCUGGAAAAACUAUAUAAAUAUUUACCUCUAAUGAUUAUCAGCGAACUUUGUAAUCGACGAGUAAUGCUACUCAAUGAGAAUUCAAAUUUUUCCAAUACAUUGCCUAAAACGCCUUAUUUAUGUCUUAAUACGAUUGCAGCCUAUUGAAAUUAAUGACUGUUGUGUAAGAAAAUAAAACGCAUUCAGAAUGACGCUGAAGUUUGCAACGUUCGAGUCCAACGAAAUUAUU